UAGCGCGGAUAAAUAAAGCGGAUGUGUUGUUUUGUCGGAACAUUUUGUCGGAACAGUCUCUGCUGUUGUUUAACUACGGAGUUUUUUCACCUGAACACAGACAAUGAGUUUGACUCUGAGAACGGAGCUUGUUGCAGACAAAAGCAAACGUAAGAAGAGGAGAGAACUCACAGAGGAUCAGAAACAUGAAAUCAAAGAAGCUUUCGAGCUGUUUGACACCGACAAAGAUAAAGAAAUUGAUUACCAUGAGCUGAAGGUGGCCAUGCGUGCACUUGGCUUCGAGGUGAAGAAAGUGGAUGUUCUGAAGAUUCUUAAAGACUAUGAUCGAGAGGGUAACGGAAAAAUAACCUUUGAGGAUUUCAAUGAAGUCGUGACUGAUCGCAUUUUGCAGCGAGACCCAAAGGAAGAGAUCAUGAAGGCCUUCAAGCUGUUUGACGACGACGAGUCCGGAAAGAUCAGUCUGAGGAACCUGAGACGAGUAGCUCGAGAACUCGGGGAGAACAUCGGUGACGAGGAGCUGCGCGGCAUGAUCGACGAGUUCGAUACAGAUGGAGACGGAGAAAUAAACCAGGAGGAGUUCCUCGCCAUCAUGAAUGGAGACUCGUCGUGAGACCGCUGCACCCCUGAAUGUCUUAAAGAAGCUGCGGGGGACACUGUUGGGUUGGUCGUCCACACCCAGAGGUUGAACCUGUGCCUGACGCUUGAGUCUCGACACAAGAGGACUGGGCUCGCUGCAAAUGAAGGGUAGACUUUGGUUAAAAGCUGUUGAUAUUCAUUCAGAAGUCUUUUUUGAUUUUUACAUGUUUCUGUUUUUUAUUGUUGUACAGUAUACACGGUUUGCUGUGGUUUAGACGGCUUUGUUUUUAGUGCAGCUUUUUAAACCUCUCACUCCCCGGCACCAAAAUCAGAGCACAUGGGAGAUGUCAAUCCACUGCUAACACCGUCUCUCUGUGUCAUUCUUCAUUAAGACUUACCAAAGUGACAAAAACUGAUCAAAUGAGGCAGAAGACCUGCAGCUCCAGUGUCCCUGUGCUAAAAAUGUUGAUUUUCUCUAAAGACUUUGGUGCAGGAGAGCAAGCCGUUUACAAGAAAUGCCCGUCUGACAACUAGAUUAUCACAUCCUUAAACAUCUGAGUAAUAGGGCUACAUUUUUUGGGGUUAACGUGUUCUUCAGUGAACGUACUCCUGCUCGUGCUAGUCCCAGGGAAUCACAGUCAGCCGUAUUUGUGUCCGCACGUCACACAAGCAUGUGACUAUUUUCACUAGUUCUACUGUAUGUGCCAUUUACAUGACGGGAAUAUGUGCUAUUUAUUUUGUACACAUUCAAAUCUUUAUUAUAUGGCUGUAAGUAAGUAAGCAAACAGAAAAAGAAAAUGUGGAAUCUUGUAGUCACUUCAUCUGGUCAUUAAAUGAACUAAAACAUGAA